CCCCGCCCCUCCAAGGCCCCGCCCCCGGCUGGCGGCGCUGCUUGUGGUUCUGACGGGCGGGAGCUGCGGCCGAGGCGCCGCCUUCGCCCUGGGGCCCCAGCUUCAGCCCGGCUCGCCUGGCCCGCCGGACAUGGAGCUCCACGCUGCCGAUGGAGAGGCUCCGGCGCGCUUCGAUCUGCCCACCCGGUGCCUAGCACACAGCCCUUCCCAGCCUGGCUCCUGGGGACAGCAGCUCCAGGACUGCUGAGGGCCUGCGGCAGCAUGAAGGCUCAGGGUCGCCUCCUGCUCAUCAUCCUGUGCUCCUUGGUCUUCUCUGUCGUCUAUAUCCUCUUGUCCUGCUGGAGCUGCCUGCCUCCCUGCCGGACCACCUGCCCGGACCACCACCUCCCUGUGGACUCCAGCCCCACUGCACCAGGGCCCUUGCACUUCAGCGGGUACAGCAGCGUGCCUGAUGGGAAGCCGCUGGUCCGGGAGCCAUGCCGCAGCUGUGCCGUGGUGUCCAGCUCCGGCCAGAUGCUCGGGUCUGGGCUGGGUGCCCAGAUCGACGGUGCCGAAUGUGUGCUGCGCAUGAACCAGGCGCCCACCGUGGGCUUCGAGGCAGACGUGGGUCGGCGCAGCACCCUGCGUGUCAUCUCGCACACGAGCGUGCCACUGCUGCUGCGCAACUACUCCCACUACUUCCAGCAGGCCCGAGACACGCUCUACGUGGUGUGGGGCCAGGGCAGGCACAUGGACCGCACACUGGGCGGCCGCACCUACCGCACGCUGUUGCAGCUCACGCAGAUGUACCCGGGGUUACAGGUCUACACCUUCACCGAGCGCAUGAUGGCCCACUGCGACCAGAUCUUUCAGGACGAGACGGGCAAGAACCGGAGACAGUCGGGGUCGUUUCUCAGCACUGGCUGGUUCACCAUGAUCCUGGCCCUGGAGCUGUGUGAGGAGAUCGUGGUCUAUGGGAUGGUCAGCGACAGUUACUGCAGGGAACAGAGCCACCCCUCGGUGCCUUAUCACUACUUCGAGAAGGGCCGGCUGGACGAGUGCCAGAUGUACCUGGCACAUGAACGCGCCCCACGGAGCGCCCACCGCUUCAUCACCGAGAAGGCCGUGUUCUCACGCUGGGCCAAGAAGAGGCCGAUCGUGUUCGCCCAUCCGUCCUGGAGGGUCCAGUAGCUGCCAUUGCCAGCCAGCCAGCCAGCCGCCACACGUCCGAUGGGCCUGCGUCCCAUCCCUGGCCACCACACUCCACUGAGAACAUUUAAUUUAUGCCUCUUGCCUCCUGCCACAUGCUAGGUGGACCUAGGGCUCCUUUCUGCCCCACCCAGGGGACACCCGGGCCAUCUCCAGCCCUAUGCCUUGAGGGGAACUAGAGAGGUGCCUACCCUACUCCUACUCCCCAAGGACUCAUGUCUUGAUUUUGGGACUCACCCCACCACCAGGUCUCUCAAGUGGCCUUUGCCCCUGGGGCCAGCGGCCCCACUCACCAGCAUCAUGAUCUGUGCCAGUCCCCAUCUGUCCCCUACUCACCCCAGUUGCCUCUGGUGUCACCUUCUCAGGCUGUGGCUCUGACCAGGGUAGCCAGGAACCUGGGGUUUGUGGGCCUCAGGGGCCUCUGGGUGUGGCCACCAGAGCUGUCUCCGGGGUAUACGGGUAAAUGCAUUUUCUGAA